AGCGUACGCGUUACUGUCUGCCUGCGUGCCGGUGGCCGAGGGGACCGGUGCGGUGCUAUGGAUCCCAUGAAUAGCGCUUGUCCCAGCGAGAAAGAGACCGAUUAUGUGCAGAUUCACGCUGCCACGUUUUCAGGAGCGGUACGCAACAACAAGAACGACCAGGAGAAGCUCUCCACAGUCGUUAAGAGUGUCCACCGAAAACUGCGACGGAAAUACCGAGAAGUGGGGGAUUUUGAGAAGAUCUGGCGGGAGCACUGCGAGGACGAGGAGACGCUCAGCGAGUACGCCCUGGCCAUGAAGAACCUGGCCGACAACCACUGGGCCAAGACCUGCGAGGGGGAGGGCCGCAUCGAGUGGUGCCGCAGUGUUUGUCAGGAGUACUUCCUGAACGGAGGGAUGAAGAAAGUGUUGGAGAAGGAUGAGAAGCGGGCCAGGCUCUCCACGUCCCUGUCGUCUGCGGCCCCCCCGUGCGCCCCCCCGCCACAGACCAACGGACCGCACAGGUUGAGUGUCCAGACGGGGAGAAUCCGCCUCCUGGAUGUGGGCAGCUGUUUUAACCCUUUCCUGAAGUUUGACGAGUUUCUGACUGUCGGUAUCGACAUAGUGCCUGCGGUUGAGAGCGUGCACAAGUGCGACUUCCUGAACCUGCAGCUGCAGCCGCCCCUGCAGCUGGAGCAUGACGCGGUGGACGCCUUCCUGCUGCAGCUGCGCAGCCCGAUCGACGCGCUGCCGGGCGAGCUGUUCCACGUGGCCGUCUUCUCCCUGCUGCUGUCCUACUUCCCCUCGCCCUACCAGCGCUGGAUCUGCUGCAAGAAGGCCCACGAGCUGCUGGCCCUGCACGGCCUGCUGCUCAUCAUCACGCCCGACUCCUCCCACCAGAACCGCCACGCCCCCAUGAUGGCCAGCUGGCGCGUGGCCGUGGAGACGCUGGGCUUCAAGCGCUACAAGUACGUCAAGUUCGCGCACAUGCACCUGCUGGCCUUCCGGAAGGUGUCCCUGCAGACCAGCAGCGACCUGGUGAGCCGGAACUACCCGGAGAUGCUGUACAUCCCGCAGGACCUGGGCGGGGCCGAGGAGGGGGAGUGCUGGGACACGCCCGCCCCGCCCCGCUCCGAGGACGAGGACGAGCAGCUGGCCUGCGGCUUCCUGGAGCUGCCCGACGCGCCCUACGACUCGGACUCCGGGGAGAGCCAGAGCGGCUCCGCCCACUGCCAGGAGAGGGAGGAGCCUAUCCUGCUGCACAGCUGAACACUGACAGACACACACACACGUACAUACACACUCUCUCACACACACACACACACACACGCAUAUACAUGGUCACAUGUGUAUGUACACUCAUACACAUGCGUAUACAUACGCACACAUACCAGUGCACGCUCAUCUGUGCACAUAAACGCACCCACACACAAACAUGCCUUUAUCUCUCCCAGCUGUCGCCGUGCCCUGCCCUGCCCUCGUCCUCCCUCAGAAAACACCAGCGCAGUUUGCACAGACGGAAACAGACAUGAACAGCAGAGCGGCGUGUUUGUUGUUAGCUCAUAGUCGCGCGCUAGCUCAGACUCUCACACGCACACCUCUUCACUGGCGCUUCCUGCCUUCACGCUGGUGAAGUAGUUCAUCUUCCACCGUCUGGUCCUUUCUUUCGUCCCGUGACGUUUGCAGAAAUCCUGAUGGGAAGAGUGUCAGGCAGGAGGGCCUCUCUUUUAAAUGGAGGAUUCAGGCAAAGGAGCUGAAGCGGAGUAGCCUGCAGACGUGAGAGGAUGCCUGGUGAAGCUGAAGCAGAGUAGCCUGCAGACGUGAGAGGAUGCCUGGUGAAGCUGAAGCGGAGUAGCCUGCAGACGUGAGAGGAUGCCUGAUGAAGCUGAAGCAGAGUAGCCUGCAGACGUGAGAGGAUGCCUGGUGAAGCUGAAGCGGAGUAGCCUGCAGGCGUGAGAGGAUGCCUGG